GAAGUUGUGUACCUGCUACAGCACGGCAUUGAUUUCUCCCGCAACAAUAAAGGGAGUGAGAUUGAACCAUUUAUUUAAAAAAAAUAUACAGACAAUACUUGCUACCGAAGAGCUAAAACUACUCAGAAACACCGUUGGUGGCCAUGCUAUCGGAUGCAGACUGCCCUGGGAACGCCUCUGGGGCUCGGAGGGCGAGGAAGAGGAGCUCCGGGGAGUCUCCGGGGGAGGGCCAGACCCUGCGCUCCUCCAGGAGACAGAAACGGACCAACAAUCCCCCACCUGGUCAGAGUAAAAGAAAAGCCACAGACACGGAGGAAGAAGAUGAUCAGUCUGAGAAGAAGUACAGAAAAUGUGAGAAGGCUGGAUGCUCCGCCGUGUACCCAGUUUGUUUUGCAAGUGCAUCGGAAAGGUGUGCAAAAAACGGAUACACAUCGCGCUGGUAUCAUCUGUCGUGCGGCGAGCAUUUCUGCAACGAGUGUUUUGAUCACUACUAUAGAAGCCACAAAGAUGGCUAUGAGACCUUUGCCGAAUGGAAGAAGGUGUGGACUAGUAACGGGAAGAGUGAGCCCAGUCUGAAAGCCUUCAUGGCCGAUCAACAGCUGCCAUUCUGGGUUCAGUGCACUAAACCAGACUGCAGGAAAUGGCGCCAAAUGACUAAGGAGGCCCAACUUACCCCAGCUCUAGCAGAAACGUACCGCUGUGGAAUGAAGUACAACAACAUUAAAAUUGAGGGACCAGACCAGUGCUCCCAGCCAGAAGACUUGAGAGUGGCUGAGGUCAGCGACAGCUGGUGGCAUUCCAUGCUGAUUUUACCGCCGUUGCUUAAAGAAAGUCCCGCCAGCCCCUUCCUUGCCGCCUACUAUCCUGACUGCGUGGGAAUGAGUCCGUCCGGCUCUUCCAGCUCUGUGUCGUCAUCCGAGGUGAAGGCAGACCCCCACAGAACUGUGCACCCACAGAUUUCAGGCCUGUCUCAGUACUUUCAGCCGUUCUACCAACCUAACGAGUGCGGUAAGGCGUUGUGUGUGCGUCCGGACAUGAUGGAGCUGGAUGAGCUGUAUGAGUUUCCAGAGUUUUCCAGGGAUCCCACCAUGUAUCUGGCUCUGCGUAAUCUUAUUCUGGCCUCCUGGCAUAGGAAUUGCAAGAAAGUUCUGACUGCUGAGAAAUGCUCUCAGCACAUCAUCGUUCGGGGUUUGGUGCGCGUGCGCUGCGUGCAGGAGUUGGGCCGGGUGCUUCAUUUCAUGACGAAAAAGGGCCUCGUCAACACUGGUGUGCUGAGAGUGGAACGGCCUCUGCUUCCUGAGGGAUAUCGCUCGAAGAACGUCAUCAUCAUUGGUGCUGGGGCCUCAGGACUGGCUGCUGCGCGGCAGCUUCAAAACUUCGGCACUGCAGUGGUGGUGCUUGAAGCAAGGGACAGGAUUGGAGGCCGGGUAUGGGAUGAUACCUCUUUGGGCGUCAUGGUGGGCCGAGGUGCUCAGAUCGUCAAUGGAUGUGUCAACAACCCCAUUGCACUCAUGUGUGAGCAGAUGGACAUCAAGAUGCAUAAACUGGGGGAGCGAUGUGAGCUGUUUCAAAAGGGCGGUCAGGCCACUGACCCUGCCAUCGACAAGCGCAUGGACUUCCACUUCAACGCCAUUCUGGAUGUGGUGUCAGAAUGGAGGAAAGACAAGUCGCAGAGCCAGGACACUCCACUUGGAGAAAAGGUUCAGGAAGUGAAGAAAAACUUUCUCCAGGAAUCUGGGAUCCAGUUCAGUGAGCUGGAGGAGAAAGUGUUACAGUUUCAUCUCAGUAAUCUGGAGUUCGCUUGUGGAAGCACACUAGACAAGGUGUCAGCACGAUCCUGGGACCACAACGAAUUUUUUGCUCAGUUCUCAGGUGACCACACUUUACUCACUAAGGGCUACUAUGCUUUGCUGCACAAGCUGGCCGAGGGCCUGGACAUCUGCACAAACUGUCCGGUUGAGGCUAUCGAUUACUCGGGUGAAACUGUUAAAGUUAUAUCCUCUAAUGGGUCCCAGUGGACAGCGCAGAAGGUUCUUGUUACUGUCCCGUUGAUUUUACUUCAGAAGAACCUCAUUCAUUUCAAUCCUCCUCUUCCUGAGAGAAAACUCAAAGCAAUCCACAGUUUAGGAGCUGGUAUCAUAGAAAAGAUUGCUCUCCAGUUUCCGUGUCGAUUUUGGGACAAAAAGAUUCAAGGUGCAGAUUACUUUGGGAACAUCCCCCCAGUUCCUGAAAAGAGAGGCAUGUUCAGUGUCUUCUAUGACCUGGAUCCUCAGGGAAAGAACGCUGUACUGAUGUCCGUCAUUUCUGGUGAUGCUGUCGCCGCCGUCCGGGACAUGGAGGAGAAGGACGUGGUCAAUGAGUGCAUGAAGGUUUUGCGAGAACUCUUCAAAGAGCAGGAGGUUCCAGAGCCUGUAAAUUAUUUUGUCACGCAUUGGAGCAAAGACGUGUGGUCCCAGAUGUCCUACAGCUUUGUGAAGACGGGGGGCAGUGGAGAGGCCUACGAUAUCCUGGCCGAAGAUGUGCAGGGUAAAGUCUUCUUCGCUGGAGAGGCCACCAACCGACACUUUCCUCAGACUGUGACGGGGGCCUACCUCAGCGGAGUCCGAGAAGCCAGCAAGAUGACUGCCGUAUAAGCUGAUGGUCCCCACAGCUCUCACAAACACCAGCAUGGAUUAUACGGGUCACACAGACCAACACACUGCAAACCAGCUGGUACUACUUUACCCAAACUGUUUCAUUUGCAGCUACUGUAGUAGCUGAUCAGGAAAAUGCAGGCAGACUGUUUCCUGCAGCAGAAUCCAUCAGGGUUUAUACUUGCUGAACAUGAGAACUCGAAGUGCAUUUUCUUUGGAACAAAGUUCAUCAGGUAAACUUUACUCGUGCAGCUCUGUCUGGUCAUCUUUGCCGAAAAAUCAAGACGCUUUUUGUCAAAUACAUUAUAUUUGUAAUACACAAAUGUGUGAUGAAACUUCAACUUUUUAGGAUGCAUGAGUAGUUUGUAAGCUCCUAAUCAUAGUUGUGAAUCGUCUGCAUACGCAUAGGUUUGAUUAAAACAUGUGAUCAUGAAGAUCUUUUUUUUUGUUAGUUAUUGACCAAGGUUUACGUAAUAUAGAAGUGUACCUUUUGGGUUUAGUGUGUUGGGUUAGUAGUGAAUGCUGAUAUAGUAAAAGAAGAUAGGGUACAGCAAAAGUAGCACUUUUCAUUUAGGAUAACAACAAAAAAUUAAUAGAGUACCAGAAAAACACUAGGUAGUAAAAAAAAAAAUAGUUUUCCAAAAGUGAACCAAACUUCCACCAUUUAGAGAAGGGAAAUGUUUUCUUUUAAUUUAUAAAAGUUAUGGGAUUUGCAGUUGAGCAAAAGCAUAACCAGUUUUUCACUUUUUGUGAUUACUUUUGAUUGAGGCUUAAUGUUUGUGUUUUUGUCUUUGUUAAUACGUUUACAUGGCUCUGUUUUGUUAGGGUGGCGCGGUGUAUUUAUCAGAAGUGAGUGUGUAUGUGUGUAAUAAACUGAGCUGUUAACUGCCACAA